GAUACAGAAGGAGGAAGAGAAACAGAGAGAACAGAGAUGCGAAUGAAGCGAUGCAGAAAAAUCAUAUAUUUUGCGAGGACUCCGCACCGGGUGACGUCACGAGGUACGGUUUAUUUAUAAAACUACCAACGACUGACGAGACGUUCGCACUUUGAGUCUACAAUCUACUCGUAUACACCUUGCACAUCGUACAUAAAUCGCCCGAGGCCGACGUGUUCCAAUCCUCUUGCCGUUGCACUUGUCUUCACAGGGGAACCACGUAUCUAAACACAGAGGUAGAAUAAGAGGCAAACAUGAGUUUGCAGUGGACGCUCAUAGCUGGUUUCCUCUAUAUUGAAGUUGCGAUCGUUCUCCUCCUAGUGCUUCCGGUAGCCUCGCCGACUAGAUGGCAAAAGUUCUUCAAAUCUCGAUUUUUGCAAAGCUUAAAUAAUCAGGCUUCUAUUUAUUUUGUGGUCUUGCUGGGUGUUCUAGUUCUCUUUCUGCUGGAUGCCAUACGAGAGAUGCGGAAAUAUUCCACGAGCUUAGAUCACCCAGAACAUCAUCAGUUGAAUGUUGAAAUGCAAGAAAACAUGAGAUUGUUUCGCGCACAAAGGAAUUUCUACAUAUCCGGCUUUGCGCUGUUUCUGAGCUUGGUAAUACGUCGUCUUAUCAUCCUGAUAUCUGCUCAAGCUUCUCUACUCGCGCAACACGAGGCUGCCAUGCGGCAGGCUCAGUCGGCGACAACCACAGCCAGGAGCUUGUUGUCCCAGAGAACAAUUGGGGAAAGUGCGCAGAAUGAUUCCAACGAGGCACACGACAAAGCUGUCUCGGAAUUGAAAACUCAAAUUAAGGAGUUGCAAGCGAAGAAUCAGGAGCUCGAGAGUAAUUUGAUUAAAGAAAAGAUGGAUAAAGAAGUGAUUUUAUCACAGGCGGAAUCAGUCACGAAGGAAUACGAUCGUUUGACUAGGGAUUAUAUGAAACUUACGCGAUCGGAUGGUGAUAAGAAAACCGAUUAAAUAAUUAAGGUUUACUUGUUUUUCUUUUUCUUCGUUUUUUAAACCAUCAUUUAAUCGUGAAUCCUAAAAUUUUGUUACGUUAUAUUAUAACUAUAUAAUUUGUAUUGUAAAUUUAAGCAAGAAUCAUACUCACUUGACAUUAAAACACAUUCAUAUAUACUUUCGUUAAGAAAUUGUAUGCAAAUAUUCUUACUAUUGUGUGGUGGUGUAAUGUGCCUCGGAAUAUAUUGUACAUCCUCUUUCCAAUUUUAUGCACUGCUUGUGUAUAAGGCUUGCAACCUGUCUUAAUUCAUAAUAUAUUAC